CGUACGUUCGUCUGAGUAUAGUUUGGGACGACGAAGUAACUGUCGAGGACAUGGAGUGCAACAAGGACGAAGCGAAAAGGGCAAUGGAUGUUGCUGAGAGGAAGGUUAAAGAAAAGGACUACAACGGUGCAAAAAGAUUCGCUAACAAAGCUCAAAACUUGUUUCCCGACCUGGGUGGUCUGAAACAAUUGUUGACAGCUAUCGAUGUUUACAUCUCAGCUGAGAAACAAAUCUGCGGAGCAGCUGAUUGGUAUGGUAUCCUUGGUGUAGAUCCCACUGCUAAUGCUGAAGCAAUGAAGAAACAAUACCGUAAACUACUUCUUAUGCUCCAUCCGGAUAAAAACAAUGCUGACAACGCUAAAGGUGCGUAUGACCUGGUUUCAGAAGCUUGGGAUCUACUAUCUAACGAGACGCGGAGAACUUCAUACGACGAGAAGAGAGCCAAAGAAGUUCAAAAAAUUGUCCCAACAACACAGAGCAUGAAUGUUCGACCACACCGUCCAACCUCUAGCAGGAGUACUCCUCAUGCUGUGUAUGAGCCUGUUAUUCUGAAGCCCCCUGUCCGUACGAAUCUAUUCAGUACGGGUUCGUCUUCUUCGACGAUGCCGGAGGAGAAUAUUAAUUUUUGGACAAAGUGUGGGAUAUGCAGGACGAUAUAUCAGUAUCCAAGGGAUUAUGUUAACAAGCACUUGCUUUGUCUAACCUGUAAGAAGGGUUUUAUUGCACUGGAGAUACCUCCUCCUCCUUCAACUGUUCCGAAGCCGCCGCGCAAGAGUUCCAAAAAGCAAGCGUCAACAAAAAAAUCAACUGGUCCUUCGUCGUCUACUAGGAGAGAGCCUGCUGCACCACCAUCUGUUAACCCUAUUUUUCAGUGGGAUUUUUCAUCAGGAACGGCUGGUUCUAGCAGCGGAAAUGCCACAAAUCAAGCUGAGAAUGUGGUUCGACAAGCACAAGUGAAAAGAAAGCGUGGGGAGUCGCAAGAAAAGGAUACUGCUAUCAAGAGGUCGAAGAAAGAUGAGUCCCAUAUGCGUGGUCAAACAAGUGCAAGAAAUGUUGUAGCCAGUGGAAGUACUGAAACGCCCAACAACGUAGGCGGCUCUCGUCGUCAUCCUCAUGUACCAGCAACGGUGUUACCUGAUGAUGUUGUAGAUAAAGUGCUUAUGGAAAGAGGCCAGUCAGAAAUUUUGAGGAGACUUCCGAAGAUGAUGAAUGAACUGGAAGAAAAAGUGAGGGUAACUGAAGGGAAGAAGAAACGUAUGAAGGCAACGAUCAAGAUGAGUGGAAAGAAAGAUGAGGUUAAAAAGUCAGUCGAUAAAGUGAAGAUAGAUGAUGAUGUUAUAAGAUCAGCUGAGACUAAUGAUGAGGUUGUAAUAAGAUCAGCUGAAAGAGUGGAGACAAACAAUGAGGUUGUAAGAUCAGAUGAGAAAAAUGAUGAGGUUGUAGUAAGAUCAGCUGAAGAAGAGAAGACAAACAAUGAGGUUGUAAGGUCAGAUGAGAAAAAUGAUGAGGUUGUAGUAAGAUCAGCUGAAGAAGUGAAGACAAACAAUGAGGUUGUAAGAUCAGAUGAAAAAAAUGAUGAGGUUGUAGUAAGAUCAGCUGAAGAAGUGAAGACAAACAAUGAAGUUGUAAGAUCAGAUGAGAAAAAUGAUGAGGUUGUAGUAAGAUCAGCUGAAGAAGUGAAGAGAAACGAUGAGGUUAUAAGAUCAGAUGAGACAAAUGGUGAAGUUGUAAAAUCAGCUGAGGAAGUGAAGAUAGAUAAUGAGGUUAUAAGAUCAGCUGAGACAAAUGAUGAGACUGUAAGAUCAGCUAAGACAAAUGAUGAGAUUGUAAGAUCAACUGAGGAAGUGAAGAUGGAUGAUGAGGUUGUAAAAUCAGCUGAGGAAGUGAAGAUGGAUGAUGAGGCUGUAAGAUCAACUGAGGAAGUGAAGAUGGAUGAUGAAGUUGUAAAAUCAGCUGAGAAAGUGAAGAUGGAUGAUGAGGUUAUAAGAUCAGCUGAGGAAGUGAAGACAAUCAUUGUUCCAGAUUCAGACUUUCACAACUUUGAUCUUGACCGAUCUGACUUUUCUUUUAAAGAAGACCAAAUUUGGGCAGCUUAUGACAACGAUGAUGGGAUGCCACGGUUUUACGCUUGGAUCGAAAAGGUGAUUUCUUUGGAACCCUUUAAGAUGUAUAUCAGGUGGCUUAGUUCCAAAAGCACUAGUGAAUUUGGUCAUAUAGACUGGAUAGGCUCUGGUUUUAUUAAAACAUGUGGGGAGUUUACGUCAGGGAGAUACGAAGCUACAAAUACAAAAAGCCCCUUUUCUCACAAAGUUGAAUGCACCAACGAUGUUAUAAGAGGACUCUACUUCGUUCUUCCCAAAACGGGGCAAGUUUGGGCAUUGUAUCGAAACUGGUCUCCUGAGUGGGAUAAGAAUACUCCUGAGGAAGUUAAACACAAGUAUGAGAUUGUGCAAGUUCUUGAUGACUAUACCGAAGACAAACAAAGUGUAAGUGUGGCUCUCUUAAUCAAAGCUGAAGGAUUCAAGACUGUUUUCCGCAGAAGCAUAGAUGGAAACAAUGUGAGGGAGAUUCCAAAGGAAGAAAUGCUUAGAUUCUCUCACCAGGUGCCUCAUUACAUUCUUACAGGGAAAGAAGCUGAUAACGCACCAGAAGGUUGUCUUGAACUAGACCCAGCUGCCACUCCACUUGAGUUCUUUGCAGAGGAAGCAGAUGGGAAUGAGAAAAGUGAAGCUGAUAAUAACGCACCAGAAGGUUGUAUUGUACUAGACGCAGCUGAAAUUCCAUUUGAACUAUUUUCAGAGGAAGCAUAUUGGAAUGAGAGAAGUGAAGCUGUACAAGAGGAGAGCUAUGUCCCAGAUGAAUUCAUGGAUAUGGAUUUCGAUGACUUGUUUGAUCUUUGAAGCUAGUGGCAGUCAACGUACAAUGGAGGAAGAAACAUAUCAUAUCAGCUCAUUUUAUAUUGAAUCAUUAGGGCACAAGACUAAUCAAAAGUCAGGUUUGAUCUUU